UUCAAUUUUAGCAUUUUGCGCAUCUGUCACAAGAACCCCUCCCCUUUCUCUUCCUUACCAUUUUGCUUUGGCUCAAUUGGCCUCAAACUCUUCCCUCUGUUCUCACUUAAUGUUUCCCUAUAAACUUCUUUAGCUCAUUUAUCUAUUCCCACUAGUAUCAUCAGGGCAUCAUUUGCUUCUAAAUAUAAAUACUAAAGCAUUUGUCCACUAGUAAUAUUUUGGACUCCUGUUGAACUUCUACAAAAAGGUUGUACUUUGAUUGCGUAAUAUGUGGAGUUAAAGUGACAUUGUAUUGAAUGUGACAACACUUUCUUGCUAGCCUCUUCAAAAUCUCAUACCUGUUUCUUUAUUACUUCUGGCAUGGGAUUCCUGAGUUUGCUUCAGAUCCCAUUAAUGCAAAGUCCUCUCUUUUAUGAGUAACAGCUUGGAUCACCGAUUCACUGCCCCCUUUACGUCCAAAGAUGGAAGAUUAUGAAGUAAUGGAGCAAAUUGGCCGCGGCGCUUUUGGAGCUGCAUUUCUUGUUUAUCACAAGUCUGAGAAAAAAAGAUAUGUGUUAAAGAAAAUUCGUCUGGCUAAACAGACUGAGAAGUUCAAGAUCACAGCACACCAAGAGAUGAGCUUAAUUGCAAAGCUUGAUAACCCUUACAUUGUUGAAUACAAGGAUGGCUGGGUGGAAAAGGAAUCAUCUAUUUGCAUUGUGACUAGUUACUGUGAGGGAGGUGACAUGGCUGGGAUGAUUAGGAAAGCAAGAGGAGUGUUUUUCUCAGAAGAAAGGCUUUGCAAAUGGCUCAUACAGUUGUCGCUAGCCCUCGACUACCUUCACUCCAAUCAUGUUCUUCACAGAGAUCUCAAAUGUUCCAACAUUUUUCUUACGAAAGGUGACGACAUCAGACUAGGUGAUUUUGGACUGGCAAAGUUGCUUAACCAUGAUGAUCUAGCAUCUUCGAUGGUGGGAACUCCAAAUUACAUGUGCCCUGAGCUCCUUGCUGACAUACCCUAUGGCUACAAGUCUGAUAUAUGGUCUCUAGGCUGUUGUAUGUUUGAGAUAGCUGCUCUUCAACCUGCUUUUCGGGCUCCCGAUAUGAUUGGACUAAUUAACAAGGUUAAGAGAUCCACCAUUUCCCCACUCCCUACUAUAUAUUCCUCGGGAUUGAGGUGUUUGAUCAAAAGCAUGCUAAGAAAGAGUCCAACACACAGACCCACGGCUGCAGAGCUUGUAAGGCAUCCUCAUUUACAGCCAUACUUGUCUCAAUGUCGUAACCUGCGUCUCGGGUCUCUUCCAUUAAUGCCCAAUGACUUGAAGGAGAAAGCGGUAGUGAGAACAAAACGACAUCUCAAGCCUAUCCACAAAGCAGUGAAGGAAAGACAAGUUAAACACAAUAUUGCAGUAAAAAAAGAUGCAAAUGAGGUGAAAGUAAUUGCAAAGAAAAGUUGUUCCUCAAAUCUUGAAAUCAACAAGUCUGACCUGACUGGCUGUACACACCAAAUCUCAAAGACUGGUGGAAAUUCAAGAACGGGGAGUCAGAAAAAAGGAAGCUUUGAUUCCAGAAGCUCAACAGGAAGUACCGUGACUCAUCAACACACAGAAGCUGACAAAGAAGAUAUUCCUCAGCAUAAGACAGUGAGUGAUGAUGUGUCAGCGAUGAGCAGGCUGAAUUUUCUUAAAGGAAUAAAACGGGUCAGUGAGUUGGACAGUGAAAGAGCAGAAGCUCUGGAAUCACUUCUUGAACUUUGUGCAGACCUUCUGAAGCACGAAAAGCUGGAAGAGCUGGCAGGCGUGUUGAAACCAUUUGGAGAAGAUGCUGUUUCAUCCAGAGAAACAGCGAUUUGGUUGACAAAGGGACUGAUGAAUCUUCAGAAUGAAGACGAUCAUAGGGAAGCUUAAAAGCUAUUGGAGAUUUGUUCAUUAGUUUAUUGUCUACCAUGAGAGCAUUGGUUGUAGUGUAUGUAUGUAGUAGUGCUUGUGGUAAAUUAUCUUGCUUUGCUACUUGUAAUCAAAAGUAAUUUUUCCAAAAAUAUUACUCAUGAAAGUUGCAUGUAUAGUAGAAUUAAUAUUGUAUACUACAACAUAUUGGCAUGUAUAGUAGAAGUUGCUCCUAGUUUUACAGUUUUAC